AUGGCUCCUACUCACACUAGAGACUCCACCUGCUCAGUGCUCUCCUCCAAAGACAGACACAAAUUGAGAAAACCGGCGGUCGAGAAGUUGCGCAGGGACCGCAUCAACAGCUGCAUCGAGCAGCUGAAGACCCUGCUGGAGAAAGAGUUUCAUAAGCAGGACCCCAACGCCAAGCUGGAGAAGGCUGACGUGCUGGAGAUGACGGUGGUGUUUCUGAAGCAGCAGCUGCAGCCUCAGAGCCCGGCUGCUCAGAAGGCUCACAGUGAAGGAUACUCCCGCUGCUGGACAGAGACCCUGCACUUCCUGUCCGCCAACCCGCUGAAGGAUGUGACCUUCGAGCCACUCCAGUACCUCCAUGCUGCCCAGAGAGCUGGCCGGGAUGUCUGCUCCCCCUCUCCCCUCUCCCCCUCCCAGCUCCACAGCCACAGCCUGGUGAAACACGCUCCCAGCGGCGGCAGACUGGGACAAAGGAAGUGUGCCAUGCUAAAUCAUCCACCUCCCCAUCCCCCCACCCCCACCCCAGCCCUAGCCACGAUGGUGAGAAUCCCCCCUGACCCCAUUGCUGCUGCUAGUGCCCCAAACCCCCACCCACCCCUCCGGUACAAAUCUCUAUCUGCAUUUGGAGGGAAAACAGGGCGGGCCAUUUAA